AUGUGCAAAAGUACCAAAGAUCUUGGGUCAUGCUCUGUCCUGGUCAUUGCAUCUGCAUAUGGUGCAAUACUCGCACACAUUCCUCCACAACCACAAGCAACAAAUAAUCCAACAAGUGGUGAUGCCAAUGUUCAAUCAAUGAUGAAUCAGGUCGGCACGCUAUAUCGGGAUAAGCGACAGUUUUUUUCCUUCUGCCGAAACGGUCUAUUCCGAGGACAAGUUGCCUUGCCAAGCCAGCUCGAUAUCAUGCAAAUGAGCCUAAUUGGGCUUGGGCUGACCACUAAAAUAAUUUCCUAUGAGGUGCCCGGAAACUCUACUAUUAUGGGGAAGGGGAUAGUAAUUGUUAUCAAAAAGCGUGAUUAUGUGAAGCCAAAGAUCCUUGUGGAGGAUCGCCAUGUGAAUCUAUGA